CCCUGCGGGGCGGGGUGUGUCCUGGAUUCGCGCGCCGGCCCUGGCUGGCCUGGGUGGGGACGGCUUUUAGAGAAAGCCGGAAGCAGCGGCAGCCCCAGCUCCAGGGACAUGGCGGGCGUUAAAGCUCUUGUGGCACUAUCCUUCAGCGGGGCAAUUGGGCUGACUUUUCUUAUGCUGGGAUGUGCCUUGGAGGACUAUGGCGUUUACUGGCCCUUGUUCGUCUUGAUUUUCUACGUCAUCUCUCCCAUCCCCUACUUCAUUGCCAAAAGGGUCUCAUAUGACUCUGAUGCGACCAGCAGUGCCUGUCGGGAACUGGCAUAUUUCUUCACAACUGGGAUUGUCGUUUCUGCCUUUGGAUUUCCUGUUAUUCUUGCUCGCGUGGCUGUGAUCAAGUGGGGAGCCUGCGGCCUCGUGCUGGCCGGCAACGCUGUCAUUUUCCUCACAAUUCAAGGCUUUUUCCUUGUCUUUGGAAGAGGAGAUGAUUUCAGUUGGGAACAGUGGUAGCGCCUUACUCGGAGGGAAAGCAUGGAGUUUCUUAGCGUUUGUACUGUAUGUAUAUGUGUGCACGUGGUGUUUUCAUACAGACUUUAAUAUGCUGAGGUUUUUUUUUAUAUACCUUUAUAUCAUGAUCAUCUUAGGGAAGAUGUUGUAAACAAAAGAUGAGUUUUAUUCCUGGCAAACAGAUCACUGCAUUGACUCAACUGUUACCAUGGUCUUGUAGACAGCCACUUGCUUACCCAGGGUGUCCAAACCUUUUGCUUUGGGAUGCGCUUGGGUAGUCAGAGACACUGGGACAGAUCUGACAUCCCAGAGUUGGCUUUCUCUCCCUGCUGUAUACUCACCUCAGAGGGAGUUUUAUCCAUCCGAAGCAUCAACAUCAGCUAGUGGCUUCUCGGGGAUGUGGGAUCCGAAGCCCCCAUCAGACCAGGUGCGUUUGAUGAGAUUCCACACUUGUCUCAUGCCUGUUGAAGCGAGAGAAGUGUCGUCAUAAAGGAAGAAAAAUUAUCAUAGCUCCCUUGUCUUCUCCUUGGCACAACCACUUGGCACAACACCUUUCUGGGUGUUGUAUGUGCAUUUGCAAAAAAAAAAAAAAGUUUUCCUGUCCCAUGUUGAGAAUGGGCUCAGAUCUUGCUGUUUCUAACAUGUUGUAUUGUUGCUCAGAUGUGAGGGGCCUGUUCUUAGGAGGGAACAGAUAAGUCCUCAUCAUCCAAAAGCAGUGGCUGUUUGCACAGAAUAACCAAAAAGCCCCCCUGGGUACAGGGAGAGAGGCUGGGCUGGAACUGGCCCCUGCGUUAAGUGGAGGGGAGGUUAGACAGUUCUUUGAAAUGCACACUGUCAUCCCAGCACUUGGGAAGGCAGAGGCAGGCUGAUCUCUGUGUGAGGCCAGCCUGGUCUGCAGAGAGAGUCCAGGACAGCCAAGGCUACACAGAGAAACCCUGUCUCGAAAAAACAAAAACAAAACAACAAUAAAAAAAACCAAGCAAACCUGUUUUUGGAGGCGGGGGUCAUAUUAACUGGUUUGGAUUGUCAAGCCUCAACUGUUCUCAUCCAUACCACCUCAAGCUGGGCAGUACAGUGCAGCUCCAAGCUGUAAGUGGAGCUUGGGGGCUCUACUUGGCAGGUCCUGGGCUAGCCUCCUUGCCCAGACGUGUCUCCAGUUUCCCACGGGGUCCACAGGCUGAAAGGGUCUUUCCUCUUCCCACUGCCCCCCUUCACUCCUGAAGAUACCAGGGAGAAAAGCAGGCUCACCUUGAACCCUUAACAAGGGAGUGGACUGGAGCAUUCCUUACCCUGCUAAAGAGGAAGGCAAGGUGGCACCAACGCCCUAGGCACUUACUCUGGUGGCCUUGCCAGAGUACUCUCAGUCUGUCCACACAGCCCCACCCACCAUUGCAUGGUGGGCACCGAAAUCACCUUGGGCAUCAGUGGGUGUGUACCCCAGAAGUGGGAGUCCCUCGUCAUCCGUGGCUCUCUCUGCCAGGGUCUUGCUCCACAUCUCCGGCACAGUCAUUACUGAGAAGGCACAUGCUGUAGUCUGGCAGCCAGCGACCCGACACACAGAGGCAGGAGUGAAGAUGGUGUCGCCCAGCCCCAACGUGACGAGGACAAGGUGCUGGUCCCCAUGGCCACAGCUGUGCUGUGCCUCACCAGCACUGAGCUCUCCCUGGAGGCAGACAUCUCUUGACAUAGACAGCUGGGCGUGCCAAGUGACACGCAGGCCAAGAAAAGAUGGUGUGGGGCCCAAAUGGCUGGAGAGCCAUCCUCCUCGUGAAUUGUAAUCCUGGUGACACCGGCCGGCUCAAUGACCAGUCCAGCGAGCAGAAGGUUGUCAAAGAAAUGCAGACCCUGUAUCAGAUGACUGUGGAGGGUCCCACCAGCCUCCUAAAGAACUACUAGCUUGUCCUCCAUACCUCUGAAGAAGAGGCGAUGAAGGCAAGAGCCUGCUCGUGCUAGAGAGGCACACCUCUGCCUAUAAAUAAGUAGUGGGACCUGGCAAGCCUGUCUAUGCCCUGGAUCCCUUUGAUAAACCUAGGGAUCUACCUUCUUUCUACCUAGAAGCCAUGGAGUUCCAUCUGCCAGCUUCUCAGGCCUGAUCUCCUUCUCUGUCUCCCUAGUGGAAAAGGCUCUUGACCGGUCAAUCGCAGAGACCCUGCUCUCUGCAGUGAUGUUCUGAGUGGCACCGUAUGUCUUCUUGCCUAGCACCUAACUGCCUCUAGAGGUUUACCUAUGCAAGGAGCUGCAGCUGCAGAGCUUUGUGAAUAUAGUGACAAGACGAAGCAAGAAGAGCAAUGUGCAGGUGGCUUCUGUCUGUGAGGACCCCGGCUGCCAGGACAAGUGGCUACAGGAUGAGAUGGCUCUGUGCUAUCUUCAGACUCCCCACAAUAUGGUGUCUUUCACUCUUGACUCCCCUUGGGUUUUCCCAUGAAAUACUCCUGAGUCCUGGUGUUGGCUCCCUGAUUCAACAAACUAGAGGACCACCCAGUGGCCAGCCUAGAUCCAUUGGAAACCUAAUAGUGUCCCCACCUGCCAAGGCUCAAGGCAAAGACUACUCCACUAGGCAGGGUCCUCAUUGGUGGCAGCUUAUACCCAAGUUCUGAAAGCCUGGACAUGAGCAAGGCUUUGCAGGACUUCCUGUGUGUCCAGCAAGUGCAGACCCCUGUGGAACUCUCCUCAGACUGGUAGAUGACCGGCCAUGUGGAUGAGUUCGCGUGCUUUGUCCCUGAAAAUGACAAAAAAUGAUGACAGGAAGGGCUUCUGCAUGCUGUUGGCCAGUCCCAGGGCAGGCUACAGCUAUGUGAACAGAAGCAGAAGGAGCACCACGGGGAUGUGACCCUUUGUGAAGAUGGCAGAGCAGAGCAGCUCCUUUCUAAUGGGAAGGCUGUCCGAGCCAUUUCCCAAAUCCUGGCCAAGAAGAACUUGUGAAAGCAGAAUGACUGUGUGGAGAAGAGUAUCAGCUUGAACCGUACCCUCCUGAGGGAGGACCUGGGACUGGUGGACAAAGAUGUCAUCGCCUUCCCUCAGCAUUUCUGCCUGGUGCUGCUGACAAACACCCCCUCCAGCCAGCAGACCACAAAACUUCGCAAGGCCAUGCUUCCCCAACAUGCUGCAGAUGAUCGUGUUGGGCAAGAACAUUGGAAUUCCCCAAGUCCUUUGGUCCCCAAAUCAAGGGCACCUGCUGCCUGGAAGAAAAGGGCCUAUUGAUUACUAGAACCCCUGGGUCUCAAGUGCACCUUCAUUGAUGACCUUGACUGCUACCUGAGCAACAUGGAAGACGCCUGUGCCGUCUGCAUUCAGGUGGUAGAAGAUGACCUCUGAAACCCUGGUACCCUAGUACCCUGCACCUGCCUAAAGGUUCCAUGCCUCCAUGUCCUCACCAGAUAGGAAGACUCAGCCUGGUUGUAUAAGACUCUAGAACGAGGCUAAUAUGGAGACACUUCUGGGCAGGGAGACCAUCCUAGGACCUUCCAAGCCCUAAGUUUGGAUCUCCCAGGGUCCACUUGGAGUUCUGUUUUACCAAUAACUUGGAGAUGCACUACCCAACUUGAGGAUGGUAUGGAUAAGAGAAGUUGAGAGUUGACAGUCCAAAACCACUUAUGUGACCUCCACAUCCAAAAGGUUUUUUUCAGUGUUGUGAACUAUAAAACCCUGUUUCUUUGGUGUGGUUGAGCUCUAACAUACACCUUUAAUCCAAGAAUUUUUAUUUAUUGUAAGCAGAUGAUUAUGGUGUGGUUCAGCCAGCCCUAGCACACACCUUUAAUCCAAGAGCUUUGUGUACACAGGAUUUAGUAAAGUUAACCCUACGUCAAGAAGUAGAGCAGGAAGCCAGCUGACAGGGAUUGAAGAGUAAGAGGGACUUUGAAGGUAUUUAAGACAGCAGGGAGAAGUAGAAGAGUCUUUAGCGCCUCAGCUCUUGAGCUCCUUGGCCUUUGGCUCUUCUGAGCUUUUAGCUUUCUAGCUCUUGGGCUUCAGCUCUUUAGCUUCAGCUCUUCAGCUCCUUGGUCUUUGGCUCUUCUGAGCUAUUAGCUUUCUAGCUCUUGGGCUUCAGCUCUUUAGCUCUUGAGCUCUUCAGCAACUUGGCUUUUGGCUCUUCUGAGCUUUUAGCUCUCUAGCUCUUGGGCUUUUUGAGCUUUGAGCUAAAAAGCCUUUGGCUUUGGGUUUUGGCCUUUACCUCCUGGGCUGUCAGCUGAGCAAGUGAUCUUUUUGGGCUUUUUCCUGUGGAAUGUCAGCUGAGUAGAAACGUCAGCUGGGUGCUUUCUCUGCCUCCCUGAGCUAGCAGGUUUUCACCCUAGCAUCUGGCUCGUGAGUAUUCAUUGGUAAAAUAGAACAGUUGGGAUUUUCGUUUUUUUUUUUUUUUAAACAUUUCAAAUAUUCUGCAAUACUCUCCCUUCCAGUGUCCUCCCCCACCCCCAACUCCUUAGCAUUCUUAUUUGCUCUUGUUGGUGGCUCUGACCUUUCCUGAAAGGAUAUGAGAAGCAAAAGUAAGCAGAGGAUGAGGGCUUUAUUGAAUUUACACAUUGGUGCACUUUUUGUCCUUUGUAUUAAACUUGAUGUCACCUCCACAGGAAACAGGGAUCACAUGUUGGUUCUUGUUAUAAACAAGUUUUCUAGCUCAUUUUUUUUAUCUGGGACCUAUCAGGAGAAGGAAGUGAAAACUAUGACCACCUAACGAAGAUGUUGUCAGCGGUCUUAAAGCACAGUGAUUGGCAGCAUGUUGGCAGAGUGUUCAGAGCACGCUUCCUUGAGGCUUGUGGUCUGAGGAAUCAGCACUCCUGGCCAGUUUGGUGUGAUGCUGGGACCAGGGGAUGAAAGGACAGUGGACAGUGUGCAAUGUUAUUCUCUGGCCUUGUGCAUGGCAUUAUGUUUUUAAUAUUUUGUGUACAUACAGAAUUGUUAAAGUUGUCAUUUCUAGUAUUUACAUUAGAAAAAUUAUUUAGAUACUCAAUCAUUUUAAGCAGCAUUUUUAAUCAUGACACUUGCUAUUGUAAUAAAUUUGACUUUUAACACCAAA